AUCCGGGUCUUUAGUGAAGUAAUGGACAAUGAGCUGGAGUCAGUUUGAAAACUGUUCAGAGGAAAGUCUGAAAUUAGAUUUACAUCCAGGAUGUUGUUAGCUGAAGAUUGGCAGACAGAAAUAAAAAUCAUCACGUCAAGAUCUAACAGAGUCACUUGAUUCACCUGGACCUGAAUAGGCUUUUGAAUGUGCACAGAGAAAAGCUUGCCUAUUCUGUCUGUGGGAAAAAAUUUCAAACAUCAGUGUGACUGGAAAAGCACCGAGACACAUACAUCCGAGUGAGAGUGUUCCAGUGAACUGACAGUGGAAAGAGCUUUAACCAGUUACAGAGCCUGGAAAUACAUUGUACCAAUCACAGUGAGGAGAAACCAUACACAUGUUCUGUGUGUGCACAAGGCUUCAACAGAUUGUCCAACCUGGAAAGACAAACACAUGAACACCUUGGAGAAACCGUGGAAAUGUGGGGACUGUGGGAAGGGAUUCACAUAUCCAUCCCGUCUGGAAUACCAUCGACGUAGCCACAUUGGGGUUGGCACCACAGAGAGACCGUGGAAAUGUCAGGAUUGUGGGAAGGGAUUCAAUUACCCAUCUGAAUUAGAUAUUCAUCGACGCAUUCACACUGGGGAGAAGCCUUUCACAUGUUCAGAGUGUGGGAAGGGAUUCACUAGUUCUUCCAACCUACUGAAACACCAGCGAGUUCACACUGGAGAGAGGCCAUUCACCUGCUCCGAGUGUGGGAAGGGGUUCUCUGAUAUAUCCACUCUGCUGAAACACCAGCGAGUUCACACUGAUGAAAAACCUUUCAAAUGUCCAGAUUGUGAAAAAUGGUAUAAAAGUUCCAGGGCACUGAUGCGCCAUCAGCAAGUUCACACUGACGAGAGACCGUUCAGGUGCUCUCACUGUGGGGCUGGGUUCAGGCGAUCACCUCAACUCACUGUACACCAGCGAGUUCACACUGGAGAGAGACCGUUCAUCUGCUCCAAGUGUGGGAAGGGAUUCACUCAUUCAUCCAACCUCCUGAGACACCAGCAAGUUCACACUGACUUGAGAAGAUUUAAACGUUCUGAUUGCGAGGAGAUCUUUAAAAGCAGCAUUAAUCUUCUGAGAGACCAGUGCACUCACACUGGACUGGGGCCGUUCAUCUGUUCCACAUGGGGGAAGGAUUCUCUCAGGCAUUCAUCCUGCUGCAACACCAGCGAGCUCACACAGGGGAGAGACCAUUCACCAUCUUCAAGUGUGGGAAAAGAUUCACUGAUUCAUUCCACCUGUUUCCCUGGUUCAGAGCUCCUAGACACGGAACAGAAGGCUCCUUUACAACUGUGUUUAGAGUCAUGAAGAACAACAGUGAAUGCUGGAAACAUGCUGUCAAAUCAGAGCUUGGUGUAAAACUGUGAUCUGUUCCUGACUGAAAGUGAAACGGCAGGUUUAAGUUUCCAGUCUGAAAAUGACUGUGGUAACUACAUGAACAUAAGAAUUAAGAGUUCGCCAUUCACCCCCUCGAAGCUCCAAUGAUAGGGCCCUUAAAUUUGGUUCCUAGAACAAAUGCAUCUGGAACAAUGGAAUGUCACAGUCUGAAUCCAUCAGGACAGCUCUUGGAUCUGGGGGAUAAUAUUCACUAUUUUAUAUUCAGAUCUUGGGGGGAGAAAAUGCUCACAGUUUUAUAUUCAGGUCUGGGGGAUAAUGUUCACUGUCUUAUAUUCGAGUCUGGAGGAUAAUGUUCACUGUUUUAUAUUCGAGUCCGGGGGAUAAUGUUCACUGUUUUAUAUUCAGGUCUGGGGGAUAAUGUU